AUGUCCUGUGACUUUAAUAGCUACAGCCGUAGCGCAGGUGGUGGUCCAGCGCGUGGGCAAGGGCACACAGGGCACUACUACUACAGCACCAACCAUCCAGAAGCGUCAGACUCCCUCGAUGAUCACCGUUACGAGUCAGUCCCGCGACCCCCACGGGAACCAGGCUACGUGCCCUACGAGGACACAUAUAAUAGCCGCGAUGCAGGACAAGCCGGGGAAGACUACUCGUCCUCCUCCUUCUUCUCCCCCUUUCCUCCUCCUCCUCGAGACCAGUUCUCCCCUCGCCCAGACUCGUUCAAUCAAAUGGCUCCGUAUGAUGACAAUAAAGCGUAUGCGCAGGAGCAGGACGCCUGGCAGCAGGAUCACCAACAGAGAGCGUACAUGCAAAAUCGCCCUCCCCCUUCGGCCGUAGCAGCAGGGUAUGGUCGUGGUGGGCGUAGGUCGGAGGACAGCUACGAUGAUCGGUAUUACGACGAUGAUAGCGAGUACGAUGAUGAUGAUCGAAGAAGAAGAACCAGAAGAAGUUAUCAAGACAGGAGAAGAAUUCGGAGAUAUUCCAACGACGACUCAAUCACGGAAAAGGCGCUGAGAUACCCUUCCGACCCCAAGAAAGGGGGCAGAGACUUCUUCGGUGCUUCGGAAGGAGAACGAGGAUUAGGUGCGAAUCUGGCUGGAUUGGCAGCUGGUGGAUUCCUAGGAAACAAAUUCGGCAAAGGCGGCGCGAUUAGCACGCUUGGAGGCGCUGUGGUGGGUGCUAUUGCGGCGCAGGCUGCGGAGCGGCAAUAUGCGAAGCGUAAAGAGGAGAAGGUAUUUGUGAGGAGGAGUAUGGGUGAUCCCUAUGCUGUGCCUGCGGGGCCAUAUCCGCAGCGCGGGAGGGACAUGGACGAUGUGAGGGAGUCGCAGAGGGACGUUGACAAGCCCGUUGGCUUUCGGGAGAAGAUGAGGUCGCUCAGUAGGCGGGCCAUGGCGCGGACGAGGAGUAGGAGUCGACCGGCGAGGAGGAGUUCGAGUGUUGAAAGUGUGGAGCAGGACCAUUAUAGGUGA